CACAAUUCGAACAAUUGCUUGCAGGCCCAAACGCGGCGUUGCCAAUUGCCAUUGCCUCCCCACCAAUAAUGUUUUUGAAUUGGAUUUGGGCAAGAAACAGUAGUAAAAUGUCAUACAUAAUUCAGUGAGGGAGGGAGGGAGGCAGGCAGGGACAGAAGGGCGUUGCGCGCGUGCUUUUUGUCUCGCUUCAUCUUCGCGACAAACCCAUUUCCAUAUCUUGUGAAUUCCGAUCUGUACCUGUUUUUCCCUGCAAUUGGUUGGUGGUUCUUGAGGGGCGGGAAUGGAGGAGCAGACGGGGAGCAAUAAUCGGUGGAACUGGGAAGUGGCGGGGUUCGAGCCGAGAAAAUCCGUGGAGCAGAGAGAUGAUUAUAGGAAAGCAUCAGUGGCGUCGCCGCCGCGGUCGGGGCGGCGCUACUCGAUGUCUAUUUCGUCACAUUCCGAGCUGGCCAAGCUCGCUUCGAACUCCAAGCUACUGCGAUUGAAAGACAAAGUUCAGCUCGUUAGAGAAGAUUGCCAGCAGUUGCGACAAGAAGCUAUGGAUCUCGAGGAAUAUUCCAGUGCGAAACUUGAACGAGUUACACGCUACCUAGGUGUACUUGCAGAGAAGGCGCGUAAGCUAGAUCGGGCUGCCCUUGAAACAGAAGCUAGAAUAUCUCCGCUGCUAUCUGAGAAGAAAAGGUUGUUUAAUGAUUUGUUGACGGAAAAAGGAAAUGUAAAGGUGUUUUGUCGUGUAAGGCCCCUUUUUGAAGAUGAAGGUCCAUUUGCUGUUGAAUUUCCUGAUGAUUUUACACUGCGGAUCAAUUCUGGGGAUGAUAGUCUAUCCAAUCCAAAGAAGGAUUAUGAGUUUGAUAGGGUUUAUGGACCUCAUGUGCGACAAGCUGAUUUCUUUACUGAUAUUCAGCCCUAUGUUCAGUCAGUUUUUGAUGGGUACAAUGUUUCCAUAUUUGCGUAUGGACAGUCUGGCUCUGGAAAAACAUAUACGAUGGAAGGAUCUAGCCAUGAUCGUGGUUUAUAUGCUCGAUCUUUUGAGGAGCUUUUUGAUUUAUCCAACUCGGAUACAACAUAUACUUCUCGAUAUAGUUUCUCAGCUUCAGUGUUUGAAAUUUAUAAUGAACAGAUUAGGGACUUAAUUCUGGAAUCAGGAAAUUCUCUACCAAAGGUUCCUAUUGGAUCAUUGGAUUAUAUUGUAGAACUUGUGCAGGGAAAAGUUGAGAAUCCUAUAGAAUUCUCCAAACUUCUCAAAGCAGCAUUCCAAAACCGGGGAACUGACCCAUCAAAAUUUAAAGUCUCACACCUGGUUGUUAUGAUACAUAUCUACUAUACAAACUCAAUCACGGGUGAGAGCACAUAUAGCAAGCUUUCUCUGGUUGAUUUGGCUGGAAGUGAGACUGAAUCUAUAGAGGAUGAAUCUGGUGAACAUGCAACUGAAUUGUUGCAUGUUCUAAAAACCCUCUCAGCAUUGGGUGAUGUUUUGGCAUCUUUAACGUCCAAGAAGGAUGAUGUUCCAUAUGAAAACUCUGUGUUGACAAAUGUUCUCACAGAUUCACUAGGUGGGAGCUCCAAAACCCUGAUGGUUGUUAACAUCUGCCCAAACAUGCUAAACAUGCCUGAGACUCUAUCAUCCCUUAAUUUUGCUGCUAGGGCCCGAAAUGCUACAUUGAGCCUUGGCAAUAGAGAUACAAUUAAGAAAUGGAAAGAUGUUGCUAAUGACGCACGUAAAGAAUUGCUUGAAAAGGAGAAGGAAAUCAGUGACCUGAAAUUAGAAAACAUGGAACUAAAACAAGAAUUGAAACAUGCUAAUGACCAAUGUGUUUUACUCUUCAAUGAAGUUCAGAAAGCCUGGAAAGUUUCUUCCACAUUGCAGUCAGAUUUGAAGGCAGAAAAUGUAAUACUUGCAGAUAAGCACAAGAAAGAGAAGGAGCAAAACACGGAGCUGCAUAAUCAAAUUUCUCAAUUAUUACAGGUGGAACAAGACCAUAAAUUGAAGAUAGAGGAAAGAGAUUCAACUAUUCAAAUGCUACAGGCCAAAUUGAAGAUGAUUGAGUCACAAAUGAAUGAAUAUCUUCUUUCCAGCAAGACUACAUCAACAAACGGACAUGGACCACAAGCUGGAGAGACAAUAAACACUAAGUCUAUGGCAGAGGACAUGGAUUCAACUGCCGUUACCAAGAGACUUGAGGAGGAACUGAAGAAACGUGAUGCACUCAUUGAGAGACUACACGAAGAGAAUGAGAAACUGUUUGACAGAUUAACUGAAAAGGCUUCUUCAACUGUAUCACCUCAGUUGUUAACUCCAUCUCCCGGGGGAUUGCUUACUCUCUCUCAUGACUCAGGAAGGAACAAUAUUGCUAGUGCUAAAGGUCGACCUGGUGAUGUUGUUUCCUUAUCAUUACCCUCCAACCAAGCAGAGAGUGCAGGCACAUUGGUAAUAUCUGGUGGUGAUAAGGUCAAAACUACUCCAGCCGGUGAAUAUCUUACUGCAGCCCUGAAUGACUUUGAUCCAGAACAAUAUGACAGCCUUGCUGCCAUUUCUGAUGGAGCAAACAAGCUCUUGAUGCUGGUUUUGGCUGCAGUCAUUAAGGCUGGUGCUUCUAGAGAGCAUGAAAUACUGGCUGAAAUAAGAGAUGCGGUUUUUGCCUUUAUUCGAAAAAUGGAGCCUAGGAGGGUUAUGGAUACUAUGCUUGUUUCUCGUGUUAGAAUUUUGUACAUACGAUCCCUGCUCGCUCGCUCUCCGGAGCUUCAAUCAAUUAAGGUUUUCCCCGUUGAGCGCUUUCUAGAGAAGCCUCCAAGUGGGCGCAGCAGAAGCUCUAGUCGUAGUAGCAGCCCAGGAAAAUCUCCUGUGCGCCAUGAUUCCAGUGUACGGAAUAUACAGGUUGAGGAUCACAUUGAACGGUUCAGAGUAAACAUAAAACCUGAAAAGAAGUCAAAGUUAUCGUCGGUAGUCCUGAAAAUACGUGGGAUUGAUCAGGAUACAUGGAGACAGCAUGUGACAGGUGGAAAACUCCGGGAAAUAACUGAAGAAGCCAAAACUUAUGCAGUAGGAAACAAGGCACUUGCAGCUCUUUUUGUCCACACUCCAGCAGGAGAGCUCCAGCGCCAAAUUCGAAAUUGGCUUGCUGAGAACUUUGAUUUCCUAUCCAUUGCUGAUGAUACGGCAACUGGAGCCACCGGCCAGCUUGAGCUUCUCUCUACUGCAAUAAUGGACGGUUGGAUGGCUGGGCUUGGUGCUGCCCAACCUCCCAAUACAGAUGCUCUUGGCCAGCUUUUAUCUGAAUAUGCAAGCCGUGUCUAUACAUCUCAGCUCCAACACCUAAAGGAUAUUGCGGGUACUUUGGCGACUGAAGUGGUGGAAGACUUUCUGCAAGUGGGCAAGCUACGGUCAGCUCUCGAGUCUGUGGACCACAAGAGAAGGAAGAUUUUGCAGCAAAUGAAAAAUGAUGCCUCAAUGUUUAGCAUGGAGGACAGUGCUGCAGCUAUCAGAAACCCUUCUACUGCAGCUGAGGAUGCGCGACUGGCGUCGCUUAUCUCCCUUGAUGGAAUACUAAAACAAGCCAAGGAUAUAACAAGGCAAACGUCCAGCAAUGCCCUCAGUAGGACUAAGAAGCGUUCCUUGCUUGCCUCCCUGGAUGGACUUUCCGAAAGGAUGCCUUCUUUGCUUGAUGUUGACCAUCCUUGUGCUCGUAGACAUAUUGAAGAAGCCCGACAAGCCGUUGAGUCGACAUCCGAAGUGGAGGAUGCGGCACACGGAUCCAAUCUCUCCGGCGACAUGGGACACACGUCCGAAACCGACGUCACACAAUGGAACGUGCUGCAAUUCAACACCGGCACAACGUCCCCAUUCAUCAUCAAGUGUGGCGCGAACUCAAAAUCUGAACUCGUCAUCAAGGCAGAUGCGAAAGUACAGGAGCCCAAAGGCGGGGAGAUAAUCCGGGUCAUUCCAAAACCAACCAUUCUCGAAAACAUGACUCUAGACGAGAUAAAAGAGGCGUUUUCGAAUCUCCCGGAAGCUUUAAGUUUGCUCGCACUUGCUAGAACUGCAGACGGAACCCGAGCUCGAUAUUCUCGACUAUACAGAACCUUGGCCAUGAAGGUCCCCGCUUUGAGGGAUCACGUCGGGGAGCUCGAAAAGGGCGGAGCGCUCAAGGAUGUCCGGUAGAAUUUGUCACCGUGCACGAAAGGUACGCGUGCAUUUUAUCUUUUUGUCAAGAUGUGUGAAAAUUUGUCGGGUUUAAUUUAGUGUUUGGAUAUUGUUGCAUUUGCAUUGCUCGAUGGUUUCGAUUAUAUAACGGCUCGCGAUGAUCGCGUGUUUUCAACCCGUCGAUAGCCAAGUUUUGUGUAGUGAGUUUGUAUAUACAAUGUAAAAGAUUGUAUACUUGUAGGUCUAUAACCUCUUGUUAUUUAAGAUCUUUACAAACUUGGACUUGCUAAGAAGAUGCUGUGCUUGUAAGCUUAUACUUUGUGGUAA